AUGUCUCUGAAGGAAAUGCUACCUUCCCUGGCCAACGAUGGCGAAGGGUCUCCUACCUCGGUUGCCUCCAAGAAGAUGCCGGCGGGCGAACGGCAAAAAUCGAGCUUGAAGGCAGCGUUGCUGAAACGCCAGGAUUCGGCCCAUUCUACUGGAGGCAAGAAAAGAAGCAGUCGCAGCCCAAAGAAAAGCCGGUCCUCCGGCACUGACGAGCAAGCAGUUCCCAGACCUUCCAUGCUCAAGCGAGUCAAUUCUCAAGCAGACCGCCGCAUAUCCUCUCGAUCGCCGCCGCGAAGAGCAACACAGACAGACAAGGUCAAGAAGAAAGAUAUCAAGCGAACUUAUUCGUCAUCCAGUCGCGACAAAACUCGAGUUCGUCGGAGUAAAAGCCAGGACGACGGACGCAUGCAUCACACGGAGAGCAUAAGCAACCUAUCUUCCAAGAGAAGCGGGAGCAAAAGCUCCAAUAGAGAAUCCAAGAGACAGCAGUAUCGAGCAGAAGAGGAAUGUCGCAAGACGACCAAGAUGGCAAACUCGCAAACUGACAGCAGUGAAGACGAGAGGGAGUUGGAAGCAUUGAUCCACGCUACUGAUGCUGCAUUGGAUGCUCCAACGACUUCCGGUACCGGGGCUGGACCUUCGAGGCAGUCGCGAAGGGCCUCUAGAGCCCGCACCGUGAGUCCUCAUCGUUCCGGCGCUAGUAUUCAACGAAGCCAAUUGACUCAAGGACUGAGCCUACAACCGGAAUCGUUCCAUACCAGUUUCUCCCAGACAACUUCAGGGGGCAUGUGCAAGCCUGAUCCGCUCGCUUCAACCUGGCAUUCCAACAGAAGAAACGUCCUUGGCCGAAGCAGGGAGGAUCUGAUGAAGGAGCUUGGUUACUCUGCUCCUCCACGUACAUGCACCAAGAAAAGGGCCGAUGACGUUCAAAAGGAAAAGGAGAGUGUCGAUGACGUUCAGAACCUUUCGAAGACCCCUAUGUCGGAGGCGCAGCCAAAGACCGAUGUGGCUCUGUUGUUCAAAAUGGUAACCAGUCUUCAGGAGGAGCUUACAGAGCUACGAGAGCAAGUCAAAACGGUACCUACACUCCAGGAGGAGCUUCAAGCUUUGCGCCAGCAAGUCAAACUCCUGAGGGGAGAGCGAGGAAGAGCUGGCACCAAGGCUCCCACUUGUGUCACCCUUGAUUCUGAUAUCUGUACGACUCCAGGCUCGUCAAGUGGCAUUGUAUUGCCCAUCACCAAACAUGUAACUCGAACGCCCAAAACGAACGCCAAGCCUGCAGACUACAGGUUCUCCAAGGCUGGGGACGAUGAUCUUCAUUUUGCCGACCUCGAGGAGGUACCCGAAAUGGACGGCUCUGAAAUGCUGCGUAUCAUGGCUGCUUGUCUGGCGAUGGAACCUGACCCAUCGACUCCUGCUGCUCGGAGGGCUACCAAGAUUGCAGAAGGCGUGUCGGAUGCUGCUCUGACUCUGGGUAAAUCUGGUGUGGGUCUUGUCGUGGGCACUCGAAAGGCUGCCACUGAUGUGGUCGUGGGCACGGGCAAGGUGGCUACAGAUGUGGUUGUGGGGACUGGCAAAGUUGGAAUGGACGUUGUCAAAGGCACUGUCAACGCUGGUAAGACUGGAGUCAGUGUGGCAGGCAAGACUCUACGAAUGCUUGGCUCUGUGGCAGAGAUGAGUCUCUCUGGUUCCCCAAAAAAUAACGGCAAAUGCAACCCCAACCGUUGGAACAGAGUGACCCCAGGAGAAAAGGCCCAUCCUAGUAGUCUUCCAAAGCAAAUGAAUGAUUUGGACGAUUCGGACGACGAUGACUUCAGCGUUUCUUCUUUCUCCAGUCCUCGCCACGUCCCCACGGCCACAAGCUGA